CGGCGGGGGCGGGGGCGGCGGGGCCGGGCCGGGCAGCGGCGGCCCGCGGCGGAGCUGCCUCUCGCCAUGGGCGGUGGGUGCCGGCCCCGGGCCCCCCCGGCCGGGCUGCGGCUUCUGCUCGGCCCCGCGCUGCUGCUCUGCGCCGCCGGGAGCGCCGCGGCCGCCGGCACCGGCACCGUGAACCCGUGUUGCUAUUACCCCUGCCAGCACCAAGGGGUGUGCGUGCGGGUCGGCCUGGAAGGCUACGAGUGCGACUGCACGCGGACGGGGUACUUCGGGACUAACUGCACCUCGCCCGAGCUCUGGACGCGCCUCCACAACCUGCUGAAGCCCAGUCCCGCCUUCUACCACUUCGUCCUGACUCACUUCAGGUGGUUUUGGGACAUCAUCAACAGCACCUUCAUCAGGGACACGCUGAUGAGGCUCGUGCUCACAGUUCGUGCCAACCUCAUCCCCAGCCCCCCCACCUUUAACUCCAACUACGGCUACAUCAGCUGGGAGGCCUACGCCAACGUCAGCUACUACACCCGCAUCCUCCCACCCGUGCCAGAUGACUGCCCCACGCCCAUGGGGACCAAAGGGAAGCGGCAGCUCCCCGACGCCCAGCUCCUGGCGGAGAGGUUCCUGCUGCGGCACAAGUUCGAAGCCGAUCCCCGGGGCACCAACCUGAUGUUUGCCUUCUUCGCCCAGCAUUUCACCCACCAGUUCUUCAAGACGUCCGGGAAGAUGGGGCGAGGCUUCACCAAGGCGCUGGGGCACGGGGUGGACCUGGGGCACUUGUACGGGGACAACCUGCAGCGCCAGCACCAGCUGCGGCUCUUCAGGGACGGGAAGCUCAAAUUCCAGGUGGUGGAUGGAGAGGUGUACCCCCCCUCGGUCACCGAAGCGCCGGUCCACAUGGUGUACCCGCCUGCCGUCCCCAAGGAGAAGCAGCUGGCGAUGGGUCAGGAGGUGUUCGGGCUCCUGCCGGGGCUCUGCAUGUACGCCACGCUCUGGCUGCGUGAGCACAACCGCGUCUGCGACAUCCUGAAGCGGGAGCACCCCACCUGGAGCGACGAGCAGCUCUUCCAGACGGCUCGGCUCAUCCUCAUCGGGGAGACCAUCAAGAUCGUCAUUGAAGACUACGUGCAGCACCUCAGCGGGUACUUCCUCAGCCUCAAGUUCGACCCCGAGCUGCUGUUCGGGAGGCAGUUCCAGUACCGGAAUCGCAUCGCGGUGGAGUUCAACCAGCUCUAUCACUGGCACGGGCUGAUGCCGGACUCCUUCGUCAUCCAGGGGGAAGAGUACAGCUACGAGCAGUUUCUCUACAACACCUCCAUGCUCCUGGACUAUGGCGUGGAGGCCCUGGUGGAGUCCUUUUCCAAGCAGACCGCGGGGAUGAUCGGCGGGGGGCAAACCAUCAACGCCAACGUCCUGAAAGUGGCCGUCGGGGUCAUCAUGGAGUCGCGGCAGCUGAGGCUGCAGCCCUUCAAUGAGUAUCGGAAGAGGUUUGGCAUGAAGCCCUACAAAUCCUUCCAGGAGCUCACAGGAGAGGAGGAGAAGGCUGCAGAGCUGGAGGAGCUCUAUGGAGACAUCGAUGCGCUGGAGUUUUACCUGGGCUUGCUGCUUGAGAAACCCCAACCCAACGGCAUUUUCGGAGAAAGCAUGGUGGAGAUCGGAGCUCCCUUUUCCCUGAAGGGGCUUCUCGGAAACCCCAUCUGCUCCCCGGAGUACUGGAAGCCCAGUACCUUUGGCGGAGCGACUGGCUUUGAGAUAGUCAAGACAGCAUCCCUGGAGAAGCUGGUGUGCCUCAACGUGAAGAGGUGCCCGUACGUGGCCUUCCAUGUGCCGGACGCCGCGGCAGGAGGCACGGCUGGCAGCAGCCGGGGCGGUGGUGGUGGGCCCUCUACGGAGCUCUAGCACCUCCACUCUGCACAGGCAGCGGCGGGGCUGGGGAACCCACCCCGUGCCCGGCAGGAGCAGGACCGACGAUCGUCUGCCCUGGGCAGGCUCCAGCCCAGCCCCACGCCGGCAGGGAGAGGCUGGUGCCCGCUCUGGGAAGAGCUCAAGAGCCCAGGCAGAAGAGCUGCCAUCGCCCGUGCUCAGCAGAACUGUUCCUCUUCCCAGCCCCUGCCUUGUGCUAAGCCACGUUCGGGCUCUCCGGGGACCCCCAGCACCCGGGGGUGCUCCCGGCUCCUCUGCUCCUGCUCAGCCUCAGCUCCUGCUGCUUCCCAGCACCAGCAGCCCCUCUUCUGCAGGGGCGUCCCCGCUCGGAUGGAGAGGGGCACGGUGCACAGGGAGCGCUCCCAGCCUUGUCUUCCACACGUGGCAACGAGGGAGGGAUGGGGAUGAUGCGCUGCAGACGUCCGUCUGCCCUUCCUUCCUUUCUGGCCCAGCUCGGGCUGCGCUCUCACCUGGCUCUCCUGCAGCCUGCUUGGCUCUGGCUCGGCCCAGCCCAGCCCAGCAGCCUCAUUUGCCUGGCCUGGGACAAACAAGCAUCCCAGGCACGCCGGGUGCAGCGGUGUGGCCGUGCCAGCUGCCCAGCCCUGGGUCUCAGUGAGAUUCCCAGGCCCCUGUGCCCCUGGCACCGCGCUGGCCCCGUCACACACGAUGCCACCUCUGUGCCCAUCACCCGUUAAGGCUCUUGCACCCUAUGCUCGUUACACCGCCCUGCAUUAAUAGCUGAGUAAACGACGUCCCCCAAGGCACACUGAACUUGCUUGUCCCGCUCCACAGCUCGCAGAUGUAAGCCAUCGCCAGCAACGUGAUGCGAUCGCUGGAAGCCAGGGUCGCUGGCCUUGGUCCCAGUCAGAUCCCAGAAAAUGGACCUCUCGAAUAAACAUUAUUAAAAACCACUCUCAUUUCCUCCAGCAAGUUUUCAAGCUCUCCCUCAGCAGAGCCAGGCCAAGGCAGAGUGCCCAGGGCCAGCAGGAGCUGGGAGAGCAGACGUCUCGGCGGCGCUGGUGGAAGGUGAGUGCUCAGCCGGGCUGUCGAUGUGAGCUCACCAGCACCGUGCCCGUGUCAGUAACCAGCUGUGUGAGAAGAAACAAGCAGAGCUUCCCAGCUCCCUGUGCUUCAGCAGGGGCCGUGCCACAGCCUCCAUGAAGGUUUUGGCCCCGCUGCUUCCCACCGGCCACCAAUGCCCCACAAACCUGCUGCUGGUGACACAGAGCUUAAGCUAAGCCCAGCACCGGGCACUUCUAUCACGUGAAAUCCACCCCUGAGGGCACAAACAGCCCCAGCUGCAGGCGAGGCUGCAGCUCCCCGCUGUGCUGAGUGGCUGGAGGAGCUGGAGGGACCCCGGUCCUGUGCUUCUGCUCUGUCUUGGAGAGCCCCCGCAUCAGGGCUUGAGACAGCAGCAUGCGGCCAAUUCACCAGUGAAACCUGGCAGUACCGUCUGCUAGGUGGGCAGUGCUCCUGCUCUCGGUACUCUUGGGUGAGAAAACUUCCACAAAAACCGCCCAGAGAAGCUGUCCCACCACAUCCCUCCAUCUGUAGGUCCUAGUCCCCUGCAGACCCCUGCUCUGCCGCACUGCACACGCUGCUGCUGAGGAAGGCACGGGUGUGCAGGACGUGCCUGGGCACCAACACGCCCAGCCCACCACAGCCCAAAAUGUGGUGGCUUCGUGCUCCAGGGGCUGCCAGCCCGCCAGAGGGUCCCAGCCCUCGCUCAGGUGGCAACACUGCUGAAAAGCAGAGUGAGCAGCACCCAGGCUGGCUGCUGGCAUCUCCCUGUAGGGGAAUGCACCCCGCGAGCUGCGCAUUGUGCUCCUGCAUCACCUCCAUGGCACACACACGACUGCCCUCGCCGUGCAGAGCUCCAGCCUCCGAGCAUCCUUCAGCAUCUGGCUAGCAGCACAAGCUCGGCUCGUUUCAGUUAGACCACAAACAUCCUGCUUUUGUUUGUCGCUAUCGCAGCCUGCCAGCACGGCUUUGCUACCAGCUGAUAAGCGCGCUGCGGCCCGGCAGGCACACGGGGAGAGCUGCCUAGGUGCUCCCUGCCGCCACGGAGGAACAUCCUGCCAGGAACAGUGCAGCUGAGGCAGCGCUGCCAAACCUGACAGAGUACAAACGACGGCAGCUUGCGGCUCUGGAACAGCCCAGCAUCACCCAGGGGGGCUGCCCAAUGCAUCCAGGGACCAGCACAGAGCUGGGGGUUGCCGGACACGCAGCUCCGACAGACACCCAGCUCCGACAGACUCCUUUUUGCUGUUCCCUGCUCCUGGCCCGCCCAGAAGACGCCUUCAUACAAGCCAAGCACCAUUUUUUAAACAAGCUCCUCCGGGGAGCACAGCUGCAGCUCGCCUGCCCGCGGGCCGAUCUGGAGAGGAGACCGCUGGCGCUGUGCUGCGUACGUGCGGUGCGCGAAACGGCAGCGCCAACAUCUGCCCGUGUUUGUGUGACCUUUGGAGCAGUGAUUCACCGAGCACAAUGACCGGAGUGGAUGGGAGGAGGAGAUCAGCUGCCCGCAGCGCUGCUGCAUGCAAAGGGGGCCUCAAGGUGUGAGCUGCGCACGGCCAUCACCUGGGCGGGAUCGGGGGCAUCCAGCAGCGUUUUCACCCUCAUCUGAUGAGUUUUUCAGCCAGGCUGAGGCACUUCACCAGGCACCAGAGCAGGAAUGGCUGCUUGGAUUUUUCAAGAAAGGCAUAUUUUGAAUGCUUUUAGUAAGAAGAUGUAAAUCCAUGAGCAUCUAGCACUUUUAGCUAUGCUAAGAUAUUUAUCCGUAACAAUGAUAUUGAAGACAAAAAGCAUAAUCAGUACAAGCUUUGAUUUUUUUAAAUCUUGUCCUUGGGGUGACAACCUGAUUAUCUGGCUCCAAUAAAACAUCAAGGAACCUUACAGUACUAAUUCACUUCUUGGUGUCCCUGCAAAUAAACCCCCAGCGCUCCAAAAGCAAUGCAACGUGGCUGCAUGACCAGAAGAGACAGAUGCAGACAAGCAAACGGACAGCCCGUCAGGGGAGCUGUGGUUUUUCAGGCUCCACGGGUACACACAGGACUAAGCAGAGCUACACCAACAGGCAGAAAAAGCCCAAAUCACCUUGGCCAUAUCUGCAUGUUUGUCCUAGGCUUGAGAAGCAACAGAUAGAAAACAUGGCACAGAAAGGACAGACUGCAGACAGAGCACGUAACAGCUCAGUAGAAGUCUUACUCACCGAACCCUCACCAUGCGUUACCUUGCUGUCAUAUUUCAGAUACACAGACUAGUGCAAACGUCUCAAAACAUUUAAAGGUAAUAAGCACCAACCUUGUUUUCCAGCACCAGUUGUUUUCUUUCUGAGCUCUCUUGCCCCACUGAAAUAAUGGAUUUAAGAAGUCUUGCAUUCAUUUGAUGCUGGUAGAACUGCAGCCCAAAACACUAAAACCUGAGCAGUGCCCUGCACAAGCUCUGCCAUGGCACGAGAAAGGCAACCAACCCCGGUCGCUUUGCACUGACACUCCAGCCUCCCUCGACUUUCACAUUUAUAGCUCAGACCAGUUUCGUCAGACGCACUAAUGAAAGGAACAGAAUUGCUGGUGGCAGUAGCUGGGGCAGGGAACAACUACUAGAGCUCAAGGGACGUCACCCUUGGGCCGGUACCUGCCCAGGUUCGUAGCCCCGGGCUCUGCAUCAUCCACCAAGCCCCCAGGAGGCGCAGGGUCAGCAGUUCUCAGCUAGCAGGGAGAGCUGGGCAAACUCUUUCCCAGCUUCUGCUGGUCCCUAAGAGCACUGAGGACUUUUGGCCCAGACAAGAUAAGGUGCAUUGCUAGAGACAAAACAUUUGAGUGCGUAACCCAAUACAGACAACCCACUUCAGACAUCGCAGCCAACUUCUCUCUGCCACCUCCUGCACCAGAGCCAUUUGUGGUACCAAAAAUGCCAUCACGUUUCUGCCAGGAGCUAUGUUUUAUGCUACGGGAGUUGCUGUGCCAGAACAGAUACAUGAAAUAUCUGACAAAAUUAAAAAGCAUCCUUUAUUCAAAACCAAACCAUUUAGUACAGCACAUCAACAUAAAUGGAGUUCUGAUGGUGGCAGGAUGCAAUAGCUUUGGGGGAAGGAGAGGCACCUGCACCAAACCAAAAACCUGACGCUCCCAAUGCCAAACUGGAUGUUUCAGAACUAUUUUAUUGUAUGUAGGGGUUGGUACAAUUUCCUUUUAUUUUCAGUCCUCUAAUGCAUAUAUAUACACAAAUACACUCCAGUUUUUAGCCUGGUCAGGGCCUUAUCUAAAAUUAGAUAAAUAAAUAGACUUCAACAUUUCAGCUAUAACAUUUACAGACAGGAGUUGUAGUUUUGAGUUCUAUUGAACAGACAGGGGACAAACAAAUAGCUAACAUAUCUUAAAAUUCAUUUCACUUUGCCAUGUUGUUUAAUGUGCAUGAUGGGUUUUGAGCACACAAUUACUGCUUGGUCAAUUUGGGAGGACUUAGCUUCAAGAACGGGCAAAAGCACCUGGCAGCACUACCCAGCCCUGCCCACAACGCUUCUCAGCAGCUCCAGCAGCCAACCUCUGACUGCUCAGAUUUGUGUUGUCUGUGCUGACAAUGAGAAGCAGCAUCCUAACACAUCUUCUCUCUAUCCCUCUCUCCCUUAUGCUUACUGUAUGCUCCAAGAUUAGUGAUUAAUUGAAUUCAGACUUCUUUCCCACACGCCUUUUCUUUUUUUUUCCUUUUGCUAUUGGCACCAUGAAACAUCUGUCAUGUAGUUGAGCACUGAAGAUUAAUAACCGAGUCCCCUUGCUGCAGGCCAUCUGACACAGAGCAGCAGGAGAGGUUUUGAUCCUAUUACAGCUUUACUGACGUAGGGAUUAAAAAACAAAAACAAACAAAAAACACUUUGCACAAAUAAAACUUCAAAGCACUUCAAGCAGUCAGCUCUCGCCCCUCCAAAUCAUUUUAUUAUGAUGCUAAUACGCACCCUGUCUGUGCUACAUACUUAACUGAACCUCCUCCUAAAUAUAAAUUACAGCUGCUUUGACUUUUUUUCUUAGAUGUGCUGAUACCCACGCUCAAUGAUUUAAUUUCACGUAACUUUCAUGUGUGUUUUUUUUUUUCCGCAAUUCUAAAAAGAAAAGAAUCCCUUAUCACAUUUUAAAAUUUGGGCUUCUGCCAGUUCCCUUAAAACAGCUACAAUUUGUGCCAAUUCAGUAAUUUUUAAUUACGAACUACUUCUCUUCCUGCUUAUUGCACUUUUAAUAAUAUCGUUCAAAUAGAUACAAUUGCCAACACUUAUUUUUCUCUAAUAAGAUCUAGUUUUACUGUGAACCAAGAGCUUACACAGGCAUUUGCAUUUCUUCCUGGUGUUCCAAAGUGCCUUCAACUUGCAAAAAAGCUAAACAACAACAAUGAAAAUUAAAAAAAAAAAAAAA